AUUUCUUCGAAAUCCCAUCAUAAAAUAUGACAAACCCUGCCAAUAACAAUAAUUUAAGCCUCAUCCCAGUGCCUAGUGAUGAAUUAACAAAACUCCGUGACCUCUACCUCAAAGAUUGGCCCCAAAACUGUGUCGGUUAUUACACUCUGGACAACUUUAUCAGAUGGCUACAAAAAGAUCCCCAAAUUAAAGCUCUCGCUAUACUCACUUUAAAUAACGAUGACUGGCGAACCGAUGGAACUUUUGUGUUGGCAGAUAGAUAUCAACUUUUUUUAAAUACACUAAAUCCCUCCAACGAAAGACUGAGAAUUGCACUAUCAUUGUUGGACUGGUCCGGAGGCUAUAAAGUCAGUUCAUUUUUGGAACGCCAUCGUCCCGCUGUGCUCGACGUUGUCGAUACUCAGCUGCAUUUGCAAAAGGAAUAUGAUAGCCUAACGCUAGUUUAUCACAUGCCGCGUGAUGAAGCCAUUCAAAUGGAAAUUGAUUGCCCGGAUGGUUUUGUCGUGCGGGCAAUGAAUGAGGACGAUGCUGUUGUGGCAGACAAUGUCUGGCCAAAUCAACACGUGGGCUCGUUGUUCCUUUUGAAAAGAUUGAUUAAAUGGAAUCCAAAUGUGGGUGUUUUUACAAAGGCCAACAAUGAGUUGGUUGCGUGGUGCUUUAGACUUCAGGGGGGAUUCCUUGGAGCUCUUCAGGUGAAAGACACUCAUCAGCGUAUGGGGCUUGGAAGGUUGGUGCUCAAAUCAAUAACAAAGAAAAUCGGUCAGAUGGAUCAGGAUGUCAUGGCUUGUGUGGGACAUGAGAAUACACCUUCGAAAAGGUUGUUUGAAAGCUGUGGCUUUAAGGUAAUCGAUAAAGCAUUUUGGUUGAGGACAUAUCCUACAAAGGAUUUUGAAUGGACUGACAAAUAUCAUUUUUGCAUUUUAAAAAUGAAUAAAAAUAUUCUGGUUAAAAUUCCAUAUAAAGAUUGGCCAAAACUUCGAGAUCUCUAUGUGAAUCGAAAGCUGGAAUCAAAUUCAUUUAAUAUGAUACAAAAUUUUAUUAAUUGGCUGCAAAAAGAUCCAACAUUGGAAGAAGAAUCAGUGAAAUUAUAUUCAUUAAAUGGUGAUUGGAGUGAUGGAACUUUUAUAAUUCAAGACCAUAAAACAUAUAUAACGAUGAAUACUCUUGAAGACUCUCAAGAACGUCUUUUAGCAGCCCUUCGUUGUCUAGAUAAGAAAGAAGAUUAUAUUUUAUAUGGAUUUCAUGAAAGACUUAAGAAAACUAUUGAAGCUUAUGUAAAGGAUUUCGAGAUCGAUAAAGCACCCAGAACGCUUUGGCAUCACGUUGAACUCAAACAAGCAUUGGCAUUUAAUACUGACCCACCAGAAGGAAUAACCCUUUCCCCUAUUCGAACUGAAGAUAUUGAGACUGUAAAUAACUUAUGGCCACAUCAUCAUCCCGGAUCAGAACUAUUUGUUGGCCGGUUAAUUAGAUUAGGCCAAAGUGUUGGUGCAUACGAUAACGAUGGAAAUUUAGUUUCUUGGUGUUUGACGUUACCAUUGGGAGCCCUAGGUUUAUUACAAGUACAAGAAAGUCAUAGAAGAAAAGGCUUUGGCAGUCUUAUGGUUAAAGCAAUGGCCAAAAUGAAUGCAGAAAAAGGAAUUGAAACUUUGGCACCUAUAAUUGAAGAAAAUACUGCUUCACGAGCAAUGUUUAAAAAUUUAGGUUUUGUAGAAAUUAAUGAAAUAUUUUGGUAUGGUAAAACCAGCAAUAUCAUAAGAAAUUCGACAAAAAAACUAUAUGAAAUAAAUUAUAAAUCGAAAUUAAUAAACACUACAGUUUUUGGUGUUUAA